ACGUAGCGACUUCAAAUAGGCUAAUGCCUCAGUCAGCGUUACUCAUUUUGGAACAGACUGAGAGAAAGCAGAAUCAAAAUGAAGAAGUUACUUGUGGUUGUCUUCUUUUUGGUCCUGAUGACCACUUUUACAGACACUUCACCAGUUUUGACUGAAAAAGAUGCCAAACAGAUUCUAAGAACCCGUCGUGAAGACAGACCGAGAAAAGCUGGUUUCCCUGAUGAGCCAAUGAGGGAGCAUAUGCUUUACCUUCAGCGCUUGGAGCAGAGAUCAGAAGAACAAUUCCUUGAACACUGGUUGAAUCCACAUUGCUUACCACACUGUAACAGGGAUUUAGUACAUCCAAUCUAAUGGCUUUGCCUACCCUGCAAUUGAUCUCUUCAUGGGCACUGAAGAGGAUAUAUACUAUCAUUGUGUUAAGGAGGACAAGAUUAUUCCUGCAUUGGCUAUGUGCUUAUGGUAGAGCUGAGCCUCUUUGCAUUACAGUGCGAUCCUAGUGACACAGCAAAAUUUUCAACUAUAAAUGGCUAGAUAUGUUAUAGACCACCAUAUAUUUUCUACCAGUAACGACUGCAUGCAUGCAUGCAUGAAUAAAUAAAUCGAGGGUUUCCUCAGUUUCUGAGGUAUGGGCAAGAAUAAAUGACUGGUUAGUCCUAGAGUAUGCUUUUUAAGGGUACAGCUUUAGACUGUCUGAAGCAAAAGGAACUUAAGAGGGAGAGGUCCAUAGAAAAUUGGAGAAUAUAAACAUGAAGAGAAGGCCAGCUUUCUGGAUUUUGGAGGAAUGCUUAAUUACAGUUUUCUAGGUUAAAUAACAAUGUUCUAUGAAGACAUAACAUUUAUGCAACACUAAUCUAUGUUUAAUUGCCUGAUGAGUAUUUCAUGUAUUGUUUCAUAAUAAAAGCUUGAUUCAAAUC